UUUCACGUUCCAUAACAGUUUUUCUGUGCGCUCCCUGCACCGAGCCGUUAGUCUGACCGUGGCCGCCUUCUCUUUUUCUCCUUUGGCUCUCAACGGGAGGUCUCGAUUCAAAGCUAAUCGGUGGGAACACCCCCGAGGGGUUGGGACCCUCCUGUGAGAAACCGAACCUCAUUAGAAGUCUUGGAUAGUAUCCAGUGCAAAGGAGGGAAUAGUCCCCUUGGGCUUUGUUCAGGUUGGAAAGCAUACACAUAACGGGUCUGCUCAAAUUUGGAAACAUUUUUAAAGGACCGUUUAUAAACUCUAUUUAUAAAUAGUGUGUCAAGAGAAAGGUGAUUUGGUGGGUGAGGUAGUUGGAAACCCGUGUUAUGUAAGGAACAGUUAAAAGAACUUCGGAGAGGAAAAGAAUUAAGAGGCAAGACAGUUAUUUUCAAGUAUUGGAAGGCUACUGUGGAGAAAGUAAUUAUUGGUAUAGGACCGAACUGGGAUCAUUGAAGUGAUGCAGAAUUUGGUUCGGUUUGAAGAAGACCUUGUAACAAACUGUCCAUCAGUAGAUUUCUGUGCCUCAAAAUUAUCUAAUUUUCCUGCCGAGGAGUUUUCAGGUACAGACUGAGUGUGUGUUAAAGGCAUUCUAACACUAGUUGGUAGCCUUUGAACCUGUAGAGAUAAAAUUGCUGAACUGGAAAAUGGCCUGUGUCUUCUCAAGGAAGAAGAGAUACUGUCAUAACGUUGCAUACUAGUGAAAAGCUAAAAGUUUGCCGUGUGGCCCUAAAGAACCAGAAACCAAAAGGAACCAAUAUUCCUGCUCCACAGAGCCCCAUCUUUAGUGAGGCUGUUUCUGGAGUCUGUGUGAUGACCAAAGUACUGGGCAUGGCCACAGUUCUGGGCCCUCGGCCUUCACAGGAGCAGGUGGGGCCUGCAAUGGUGAAAGUUGAGGAGGAGGAGAAAGGGAAAUGCCUUCCUAGCCUGGAGAUGUUCCGCCAGCGCUUCAGGCAGUUUGGGUACCAUGACACUCCAGGACCCCGGGAGGCCCUGAGCCAACUCCGGGUGCUUUGCUGUGAGUGGCUGCGGCCUGAGAUCCACACCAAGGAGCAGAUCCUAGAGUUGCUGGUGCUGGAGCAGUUCCUGACCAUCCUGCCCCAGGAGCUCCAGGCCUGGGUGCAGGAGCACUGCCCGGAGAGCGCUGAAGAGGCCGUCACUCUCCUCGAAGAUCUGGAGCAGGAACUGGAUGAACCAGGACAGCAGGUCUCAACUCCUCCAAAUGAACAGAAACAGGUGUGGGAGAAUAUGUCAUCUUCAGGAACAUCAAAGGGAUCCCUGAGCAGUGUGCAGUCACAGCCUGUGGAGAGUCCUAACUAUGAACCUUGGGGGCCCCUGUACAUCCAAGAGAGUGGUGAAGAGCAGGAUUUCACUCAAGGUCUGAGAAAGAUUCAAGAUUGUAAAUCUAAUGCCCAGAAUGAGGAAUCAGCAGAUGAACAGAAAAGUUCUGAAGAAGAAUCUCCUGCAGAUGGACUCAAAAGGGAUAUUCCUGUGAUUAUUGCCAAUAAAUGUGAGGCCAGGUUAGAAAGGCAGUGGGUAAACCUUGAAAAGGAAAGAGGAAUAAAAACCCCUCUUCAAGGCACAGGUUCCAAGAAAGGUACAGAAUCAGUUCCUUCUAAACCUGCCCCAGGAGAGAGACGUUAUAUAUGUGCUGAGUGUGGAAAAGCCUUUAGUAAUAGCUCAAAUCUUACUAAACACCGGAGAACACACACUGGGGAGAAACCUUAUGUAUGCACCAAAUGUGGGAAGGCUUUCAGCCACAGCUCAAACCUCACCCUUCAUUACAGAACACACUUGGUGGACCGGCCUUAUGACUGCAAGUGUGGAAAGGCCUUCGGUCAGAGCUCAGACCUCCUUAAACAUCAGAGAAUGCACACUGAGGAGGCACCAUAUCAGUGUAAAGAUUGUGGAAAGUCUUUCAGUGGUAAAGGCAGCCUAAUUAGACACUAUCGAAUCCAUACUGGGGAGAAGCCUUAUCAGUGUAAUGAGUGUGGUAAGAGCUUUAGUCAGCACGCAGGUCUUAGUUCACAUCAAAGACUCCACACUGGAGAGAAGCCGUAUAAAUGUAAGGAGUGUGGGAAAGCCUUCAACCACAGCUCAAAUUUUAACAAACAUCAUAGAAUCCAUACUGGGGAAAAGCCCUAUUGGUGUAAUCAUUGUGGAAAAACCUUCUGUAGCAAGUCAAAUCUUUCUAAACAUCAGAGAGUCCACACUGGAGAGGGAGAAGUACCAUAACUGUUAAGUAUGCUCUUUUGUUUUUGUUUUUAUAAGUUUUAGAACAUGAAUGCUAGGGAGAAUCCCUGUAAUUGCAAUAUCAACUCUGGUGGUAGAUUUGCUUCACUUCACAUCAAGGGAUGCCUGAGGGGUGGGAGCUCCACAGUGGCACAGUCAGCAGGAGGUUGUCAGAGCAUAUCAGUGGGUCUGCACCUGCCAGCUCGCUGGGCAGCAUCCUCCCCACACAUCAGGGCCCAGUAAACCAUGCCAGCAUUGCCUUUUGCAAAGUUAAACUGAUGUGUAUCCACUGUAAUUAAGAAAGAACAUUAAAACCGUUAAACUUUUAACAUAUAUUCUAGAAUUAUAAUUUGUAAAGAGUUGAGCCACGUUGAACUCAGUUUAAUUGGAUUUCAAAUAAACUUAUAACAUCUUGUAA